AUGGCGACUGGAGAAGAGACAGGAGCCAGGGGACAGGACCUGAGCACAGAAGCACAUGGCAUGGUGCAUGGUUGUGGAGUGAAAAGUAGGUCAAAAGGAAAAGGAUCUCUUCUCCUCCGGAGCACCACUGAAGACUCUGGUGUGGCAGUGGGUGGCCGCCCAGCCCAGUGUUACCAGUAUUGUAAGAACAAGCCGUACCCAAAGUCUCGCUUUUGUCGAGGUGUCCCUGAUGCCAAGAUCUGCAUCUUUGACCUUGGGUGGAAGAAGGCAAAAGUGGAGGAGUUCCCACUUUAUGGGCCCAUGGUGUCAGAUGAAUAUGAGCAGCUCUCUUCUGAAGCCCUAGAGGCUGCCCGUAUUUGUGCCAACAAGUAUAUGGUAAAAUGUUGUGGCAAAGAUGGCUUUCAUAUUCGAGUACAACUGCAUCCUUUCCAUGUCAUUCGCAUCAACAAGAUGUUGUCCUGCGCUGGGGCUGACAGGCUCCAGACAGGUAUGCGGGGUGCCUUUGGGCAGCCACAGGGCACUGUGGCCAGGGUUCACAUUGGCCAGGUAAUCACGUCCACCCACACCAAGCUGCAGAAUAAAGAACAUGCGAUGGAGGCCUUACGCAGGGCCAAGUUCAAGUUCCCUGGUCGUCAGAAGAUCCACAUCUCCAAGAAGGGGGGCUUUACCAAGCUCAACUCGGAUGAGCUUGAAGACAUGGUAGCUGAGAAGCGCCUCAUUCCUGAUGGCUGUGGAGUCAAAUACAUCCCGAAUCGUGGUCCUCUGGAUAAGUGGAGAGCCCUGUACUCAUGAAGGCCUCCACCCACUGAGCUC